GCACAAUUGCUCCGGGAUGCACACUUGAUCAUUGACGUAAUGUUCCAGGAGCGAUAUCAAACAAACUCGAGCACGCGACAUGUCAAACUUCAACUCAACAAGCACAAAAUUUCUGUAGAGAAGAGUCAACAUGUCGAGCAGUGUUGCCAGCACCUUUGUCGGCGCCAUUCAGGCGUCGGCGUCUGUUCUCUUGACCAUCUUUUAUGGUGUCGUCGCUGGGCAGACAAAGCUUCUUAGUGUUGAGACGGGACGGCAGAUCUCAAAGAUCUGCAUCAAGAUGUUUCUUCCUGCGCUCUUGAUCGUCAAUCUUGGUACACAGAUUGAAGCCUCCAAUGCGCUUCAAUACGUUAUCAUUCUCGCAUGGGCACUUGUCUACAACCUGGUCUCAAUCGGAAUCGGUUACGCCCUCACGAAGGUCCUCAGUCUCCCGAAAUGGUUCACGCCGGCAAUCACCUUCAACAAUACCACAUCUUACCCUCUGCUCUUGAUCCAAUCCCUCGGUUCAGCUGGUGUUCUCUCUGCCCUUGCAAAGUCCGACGAUGACACCAGCGACGCAAUCAUUGAUCGAGCCAAGUCCUUCUUCCUCGUCUGUUCCGUCAUCUCCAACAUGCUCACCUUUGGUCUCGGUGGAACCCUUCUUGGAGUCAGUGACGAAGACCCAGUCGAUGCUAUGGAUGCGGAUCUGAGGGACCGAGCGGGACAUAACGACACGCCAGAUGAGAGUGGCUCGGACGAAGAGAACGGAGAGUCCAACGAACGAACAUCUCUCCUUCCUGGACCGCUCCCACGAUACGCGAAGAAGGCAUCUCGUGGUACCGCGCAGGCUCAACACGCCGUAUGGGACAAGCUGCAUCCUCGCAUUCAGCACAUGCUGGCUCUCACCACUCAAUUCAUCAGCCCACCAUCUGUCGGCGCUACCAUCGGUGUCAUUCUCGCCUUUGUGCCUCCUCUCAAGAAAGCAUUCUUUGCCGACAGUGAGGAUGGCGGCAUCUUCAACGCUUGGUUGACUGUCAGUCUCAAGAACAUUGGAGAGCUCUUCGUCACCCUGCAGGUCAUUGUCGUCGGCAUCAAGCUCGCUCACAGUCUUCGUCGCAUGCGACAAGGACAUGACUCAGGUAGUAUCCAUUGGCUUCCUCUCUCCAUCGUUGUCCUGAUUCGCUUCUUUAUCUGGCCAGUACUCAGCAUUUUGUUCAUUCGAAUGCUCAUCACACAGACUGAUGUCCUAGGUCAGGACCGUGUCCUUUGGUUCACCAUGAUGCUCAUGCCCGCUGGCCCACCAGCCAUGAAGCUUGUGGCCAUGGCGGAGGUCGAUGACGCGGACGAGGAUGACAAGAUGUCAAUCGCCCGAGUUCUGAUGACUUGCUAUGCUAUUUCUCCCUUGUUGUCUCUCGCAGUGGUCGCAAGUCUGAAAGCCUGUAUUUGAUCGGCGGUGCCGUGUCGGCGACAUGCUGAGGAACGGGGACAGCUGUCACAGCUUACCAGAUGUCCCGCCCGAAUUGCAGAGCCGGUCCC